AUGCCGAUCCUGUGGAACUGUUAUGGGUUUAAUAAAGUGGUGGACAUCGAUCCUGUGGUAAUUGGUCUUUGGGAAGUGCUGCUGGACAGCGCGAUUCUGUACCACGACGAUGUUUUGAAUGUUGACGGUCUUGCAAUUGACGAUCAGCGCGAUGACGACAUAGUUCGGAGAAAUAUCACAAUUGAGGGACCAAAUUUUGUCUUCAGAUUGGUGUUCCGAGAGGACAAGAUGGGUCCAGUAUCGGCACUGUGUUAUGCAGAAGAUAUCUCACUAAGAGACACGUGGUUCAACUGGCUGAAAAAUAGUCUUGGCAUCAUUAUCUGGCCCCUAUCCUUCAAUACCGACCAGAUGUUUAGUAUACUGGACGCCCAAAUUGUUGGGAAUAAAGGCAAGUUGUAUGAUACGAAGUUGAUAUUCCAAGAUAAUGAAUUGGAUGACGAGGAAACAAGUCAGGAACUGAAAUAUUUGGGCAAGUACUCGAUUGAAAUUUCGAAGUUCAGCAUCGGUCAAUUGGUGGGGGAUAACAGAGAGUCAGUCUAUCUAAAGAAAGUUCUGCCGUAUCUGUACGAGAAGACAGGUUUCAAAGUGUUGGAGUUACCAAUCAAACACAUCAUUUUAACAAACCUAAUUACCGUACGCUCCGCCAACAUAGUUACCCAAAAGCUAGAUGUAACUGAUGAGGCUAAGCUGUAUAUAUACAGUUUAAUCGAGGGGUAUCACUCGCCCGAUUAUGCAGCCGGUGCCACUAACUUUUCUCCGAGUCUCCCUCUACGUCAAAACUAG